AUGUGGUCAUGCGAUUCCUUUGGUCGGAAGGCGAACAUUCAGUUCGGCGCUUUCUUUUCACUAUUUGGGGGAGCGCUCCAGGCUGGUUCUAAUUCACUUGCCAUGUUCCAAGCCGGACGCUUCAUUUGCGGUCUUGGCAUCGGUAUCCUUGUGACUGUCUGCCCUAUGUACUUGUCCGAGAUGUCAAGUGCUUUGCGCCGAGGAUGGCUAGUCGGCCACCACGCAAUUUUCCUUGUGUUUGGAUACAUGCUUUCUGGCUGGGUAGGAUUUGCUUGCUACUACGCGACAGGCCCGCUAUCCGGAUUUGGCUGGAGAUUUCCUCUGGCCUUGCAAUGUCUGCCGGCCUUGGUGCUGUCUCUUGGAUCUCCAUGGCUUCCUCGUUCACCUCGAUGGCUUAUAUCCAAGGGCAAGCUUGACGAGGCAGAGCAUGUCCUUAUCAAACUCCGCGAAUCGCCAGAUGAUCCGGAUAAUUUGGUCGCCAAGGAAGAGUUCUUCCAAACCAAAGAGCAGAUUAGACUCGAGGCAGAGAAAAUGGCUGCUUAUGGCAAUGUUUGGAAGGCAGUGUUCAAGAAGAAGACUUACCGCAAGCGAAUGGUUCUUGGGUUUCUUACCCAGUGGGGUGCUGAGUUUGGUGGACCACUUAUUAUUAAUAAUUAUGCUGUUCUUCUCUAUACCAAUCUAGGCAUGGAUGGUUCCAUGCCUCUACUUUUGAGUGCGGUCUGGUUGACAACUGCUGGUGUAAUCUACAAUCCUCUCGGAGCCUGGCUCCAUGAUAAAGUCAACUCCCGCCGCGGAAUGUAUAUGACUGGGUUUGUAGGUAUCAUUGUCUCUACGUCGUGUCUUGCUGCUAUGACCGCCCAGUACUCCGGUACAACCAACAAAGUCGGCAAUGGCUUUGGUAUCUUCUUUAUCUACCUAUAUCUGGCCUUCCAGGGUACUUUCUGUGACACAACUAUGUACCUCUACGUCUCUGAGAUUUUCCCCACUGAGAUUCGCCCAAUUGGCAUGGGUUUCUCUUUGUUUGGCCAGUUUGCUGCUACCCUGAUUCUCCUACAAACUGCUCCUAUGGGCUUCAACAACGUUGGCUGGAAAUACUACCUCGUCAUCAUCUGCUGCGAAGCCUGGCUAAAAACACCCACAGUCAUUUACUUUUUCUUCCCCGAGACUGCUCGGCUCACAUUGGAAGAAAUCGCGGAGAACUUCGGAGAAGAGGUUGCUGUUCACCUCACAGAUAAGACUGAUGAGGAGAAGGCUCAGCUCAAUCAUCAGCUAGCUCAGCCAUAUUCCCAGUCUUCUGCGAAGUCGGACUCUGCCAAUGACAGAGCGAAAAACAUUAUCCCAGCAACUGCAGAGGGGGCUGAGCAGAACUUGACGAAGGCGGAGUAG